AUGAAGCCAGGAUCUAUUGGAAACGAACACCCAGCCGAUGAAGAAGUCAAGCAAGUGAUCGACGCCGUGAAAGGAGAAGUCGAACAAAAGCUCGGUAAGACCUUGCAAAAGUAUGAAGCACUCAAGUAUGCCACUCAAGUUGUUGCUGGUACCAAUUACUUUGUGAAGGUGGACACUGGUGAUGAUGUGGUACAUCUUCGUAUCUAUGUCCACUUCUCCGGAAGCAAGCAAUUGCAUGGUGUCAAGACUGGUGAGACUGCAACCUCUCCAAUUCAACACUUUUAG